UUCCUGUGCUCUUCGUGCCGCACGACCGGGAUCGUUCUCAAGUCUCUUAUCUCUGAAUUACUGCUAACCCUCCCGCUUCCGUUACCGCAUUCCGUUCCCGACUCCGUUUCCUCUUCCUUUUCCACAGUCUUACAUAAACCAGUUGCAUCGUAGUGCGGUCGAAUGGAAUCUCGUCAUGUCCCCGUAUCAACCUCGCGAUGCGUAUGCCCGUCAAGCAUGCAAAGAGGACAAGAUGCUUACCGUCCCCCGGAACCACCGGCUGCAAGAGAUGUGGGCGCCUGGGCAAAGAGUGCGUCUUUGACCAAGUCAGAAAGCCAAAAAGGAGCAACGCCCCAACUGAGGACACCAUACAAAUACCCCAGUCUCUUGAAACUAACCAUGAAAUCGUUGCAGCACUGUUCAGCGAGGUCAGGAAGCCAACCAUGUGGACUCUCAAGGCCACUAUGAUUCUCUUAGAUCAUUUCCGAACAGUGGAGGACGUGAGAUACAAUUACGUGAAGGGUGUGUUUCAAGUCAUUCACAGCUGAUCCCCCGUCUCAUAUUCGUUUGCCACUUCGCCUAGCGAUCGCGCACGAAAUGGUAGAUA